UCGUGCGCGUUGGUUCACAAACACUUCGUGUGCCCAGAGAAAAGCCUUUCUCCUGGCUUUCUCUUGCUCGCCGUCUCGCUCUCUCCGGUUAAGCGCGUCUCGUGAGCUCUCUUUUUGCGCUCGGAUCCGAGUCUGGAAUCCGGAUUGUGGACUCCGGCUCCGCCGCCGGAUCGCCGUGCUUAAUAGAAAUACUCGAAACUGCUAAACUAAGCCAAAACAAUUGAAGUGCAAUUCUCGCGGCACAAUUUUAUAUUAGAUAAAUGAAAUAAUUCGCGCCACUGGCACUUUGAACGUGUAAUCAGGUCACAGGAAUUUCAGCACACACAUUUUGAUAGUAAUAUUCGAAUUUGAUAUUCGCUGUGCUCUUCACAAUGCGACUAAUUGGAUUUAUGCUGAAUUUUGCAGCCCUAACAGCUGUCGUCUGGGGCAACCACCACGAGAGCCUCUCCCUCAGCCCGGCGGAGCACAGUGUGGUGCGGUACACGGAGGAGUCGCUCAUCGUCCAGUGCCGCAGCCCCAAUAAAGAUGUGGCGCUGCAGUGGAAAUCGCCGAAAGGCGAAAUUAUACGCGAGCACAAAGGACGCAUUCACAUUGAGCAAACAUCGCCAGAACAAUUGAAAAUCGUUUUCGCCCACAUCGCACUGGCCGACAAGGGCAAUUGGUCCUGCGAAGCUGCUGAUGGAGGGCUGCAUAGUAAAUCCUUCGAUUUGAUUGUGUACCAGAAAAUUACGUUCACGGAGAACGCCACCGUGAUGACGGUCAAGGAGGGCGAGAAUGCCACCAUCCUGUGCGAGGUGAAGGGCGAGCCCCAGCCGAAUGUCACCUGGCACUUCAACGGACAGCCCAUCAGUGCCGGCGCCAGCGACGACUCCAAGUUCCACAUCCUGGCCGAUGGUUUGCUCAUCAACAAGGUAACGCAGAAUGACACCGGCGAGUACGCGUGCCGGGCUUACCAAGUCAACUCGAUUGCUUCCGAUAUGCAGGAGCGCACAGUUUUGAUGAAAAUCGAACAUAAGCCCGUUUGGUCGAAGGCGCCGUUCGUCAGCCUGCAGUACGCGUACAUCAACGGCACGGCGACCAUCAUGUGCGAUGCGCUGGCGGAACCGCCGGCGAACUUCACCUGGUACCGCAAACACAAGACACUGCACAGCAACAACAAGCUCUACACCAUCGAGACGGACAGCUACUGGUCGCGGCUCACCAUCCACGUGCUGAACAGCAGUGCCUUUGAUUCUUACAGGUGUCGGGCCAAGAACGAUCUGGGAGCCAUCGAGAGAAUCACCAAGUUGGAGCAGGGCGACAAGCCACCGGCUCCGGACAACUUCGCGCUGCGCGGCUUCAACUCGAACACCUUCGACAUCGUCCUCAGUGCGCCACGGGGUCCGGCCAAGAGUCCCAUGGGGGUGAACGGGUUCCGCAUCGAGUACAUGACCGAGAUGGAGUUCAAGUCGGACGCCGGCAAGUGGCACAACGCCCACCGGAAGGACUAUUCCUUCGAGGAGGGAGCAACUUUCCUUUUGACCAACCUGGAACCGGACACGAAUUACCUGGUGAGGGCGGCAUCCCGCAACGUGGCCGGAUUCAGUGACUUCACCAAGGUGGAGAAGUACCAAACGGGGACCCUGGAGCCGCGAUCCUCGUCGGGUGUCCUCUGGAAACCCACGAUCCUCCUCCUGGCACUGAUGACGCUGAUGGGAACGAACCUUGGAUGAAUCUGAAUCUGCAGGCCAGAAACCAGAAAACAUAAAACAGGAAACUGAAACCCUUAACCCCAAUGUGCUUUGUAUAGUGUAAGGCGUGUCCACGGGGACACUUUUUUGUCUAAUUUGCUCGGUCUAAGUGUUUGGGUUAACUAUUAGGUUCAGCCCAAAAACAGGGUUACGUUUAAGUUUAGUAGGUUUCUUUCUAGCUUAUAACGCUUCCACUCGAACUAUUAUUACGGAACACCUAUAGGAAUAUUUAUAUAUUUAAACAAAUCCUCAUAGCGGUUAAUGAAAUUAAACGGUUUGCUGGCCUUGGCUCUCUUAAAGCUUUGCUCAACUUUCCCCUCUGUGAAAAUUGUAAAUUAGCUCACAUCAUUAUGUUAACUUAAGUUUCCCUGCUGAGCUUAAGCCUUUGCUAAAGAAAUUCUAUUGCCACAGAAUCUCAGAUAUAAUCAGAGAGUAGCCAAAGUAAAUUAUUAUUCUUUCAUCCAAAAAGAAUAAAUAUCUAUACAAAUAAAAGACAUCUUUAAAAUAAACUACAUAACAUUUUCACACAAUCCAUCAAACGCAUCAAACUUUAAAGAGUUUUACGAAAGAGCUUAAUAAAGCAUUUAAAGGUUUAUCGCUAUACUAAAUAAUUUUUUAAAAUUCAAAAUCGUCAAAGCAAACAUUUUUACAUGUGCAUUUUCAGAGCUAAAAAUAGAGAAAACAUUCGUUUGUAAAAAUAUCCAUAACGUAUCUACCACAAAACAAAGGACAGACAAAUAACCGUUGCCAUACACAAAAUCAAAAAUAUAUUUUACAAAUAUAGUUUAUACCCAAAAAAUAUAUAUAUUUCAGACUAAUAUGCGGUAAGAUGAAAACCAAAAGACCUAGCCAAAGAUAAAAAUAUUUUGUGGUUUCCGCUUGCCAAUUGUGUGUGAGCCAAAAUAAAAAGUUAUUAUACAAAAA